UUAUAACGAUCAGUUCGGAAAUCGAAAAAGCAACAAAGCAUCAAAUAGGAAACGCGUGCUCAAUACUCCCCAACGAAUCAAUCUUAAACGACUCGAGACAAAUAAAACAAGAAUAGAAAAUGUGGUUACUCAUACCGAUUUUAAUCUAUACAAUUAUAUUUCUCUCAGUGCGACAUGUUUAUAACUAUUGGCGUCGAAAGGGGUUUCCCCAUGAAAAAUCCGACUUGAGUUGGCCGUUUCUCAAACAAAUUUACAAACGUGAGUUCCAUCAUGUCGAUGCCAUUGGUGAGGACUAUCGUGCCGGUAAGGAACGUUUUGUGGGCAUAUAUUUUCUGUUCCAUCCCACUUUGCUUAUAAGAGAUCUUUCGUUGGCCCGUGCCAUACUGGAAAAUCCAUGUGGUCAUUUCAAUGAUACGAAAUGGGAUUAUGUUCGAGGUUAUCGUAAAUUUAAUCUAAUGGAAAAAAUAUCACCCAUAUUUUCUGCUGCUCGUUUAGAGGCCAUGUUUCCAAAUAUUGAGAAGGUCGGGGACUAUGCGUUAAAUCAUUUGAGUGUUGUAGCCGAAUGUAAUAAAUCUGAUGGUAUUGAUAUGCAGCAUAUGUUGUCAAUUUAUUCUGUGAAUAUUAUCGCCAAUUUAAUCUAUGGCUUAGAAAUUGAUCUUUUCAAACAAACAGAUUCAAUAUUUCAACAAUAUUUAAAUUAUUCCAUACGUCAAUCAGCUGUUAAUUCAUACUCCUACAAUCGCAUUCCCAAAAAAUCCUCACUCACCUAUCGUCUGCGUGAUGUCAUUCGUGAGAAUGUGGAACGACGUGAAGAGGGCGGCACGAUACGCAAAGAUAUUCUGCAAAUUCUAGUCAAAUUUCGUAAUGGGAACGAUAUCGAACAAAAAGAAAAACUGAGUUGGCACAUUGAGAAUCUCUUUGAGAGAGAAAAACUCUUAUCAAUAAAAAAAUUGGCACAUAUUACCGAACAUCUUUUGGAGAAUGGUAUGAACACAAUGGCAUCGACAGGCGUAUUUGCAUUGUAUGAGAUUUUGCAACAACCCGAGCUAAAUGAUAAAAUUUUAGAGGAAUUAAGGACUCACGUGCUGAAAAAUGAUAAAAAACCACAACUAACAUACGAAGGUUUAAAACAGUUGAAACUAAUGGAUUUGUGUAUACAAGAAACUGUGCGCAAAUACCCCAGUGUAGCUUUAAUUGAACGUGUUUGCCGUAAAGAUUUUCAAAUGCCAGAAUGUAAACAUAUUCUAAGUGAGGGUAAAUCCUUUAUUAUACCGCUUUUGGCCAUACAAAGAGAUGAGACAUAUUUUGAGGAUCCUUUAAGCUUUAAGCCACAGCGUUUUGUACAUGACAGCAAUGGCAAUAAGGGUGAAUGCUUGCUAAGUUUCGGCCUGGGAGCUAAAACAUGCAUAGCUCAACAUUUUGUUAACCUUGUGGUUAAAUGUAUUUUGGUCAAGCUAUUCCUUAAUUUUCAUAUGGAGACAACAGAUCCAGAAAAUUUGGAAAUCUGUUAUAAUAAAACACCGUUUAUACAAUCGAAAGAGGGUUUUAAGGUUAAAUUAAAACCAACGAAAAUAAAACUUGAUUUAUAGAUUUAAUGUGGUGAUUUUUUUUAUGUUAUAAAUUUAAAUAUUUUACUUUUUAAGGAUAAAAAUAAGUUAUUUGUCUUGUUAAUUAUAAUAACAAGUUUAAAUAGAAUUGAUUCCAAUAAAUCUAACAAAAUUUCUAGAACGAUUUUCAAAAA